GCUAGUAAAUUAUCUACUUAUUAAUAUCUUUUCCGAAAGAAAAAUUUUAACUGGAAACUCAAAACUAAAAUAAACUCUUUAAGUAAAAAUAAUCCCACUGUACUCCCACAAAGCGUCAAGAAGCCAUUGAGCAGAGGUUGCAGUAAUCUGCGUAGCGGCAGCGCUGACGAUAACGCAGCAACUGCAGAGAAUUCACCAACAGCGCAUUGGUGAGUUGUUGAGUUUAACAAAAAAUACGAGUUUUGUUGUGAAUGUAUCAACAGCUGUUGCUUUCGCCGCCAAUGUCGGCAUCGCCACCUCCACCAAGGUAUGUGUCUAAGAGCUACAGAUACGAUUACAUAGAACCGCAUAAUGUGGGCUCUUGUGCUCCCAAUAAACAUCAUUAGCUGCGACGCAACGCAUCAAUAGAGUAUAUAGUCUCCGGUCUGUUGUGCUAUUGUCUAUGUCUGCGAUGGACAACAGGUCUCUUACACGACGCACAGACUGCCAACCAUCAGCAUUGUCAUCAACACACCUAUGUGUAUGUAGGUAAGUGCAUGCCGAGAGUUAGCUAGCAGUCAGUUAUCGCUGCUCAUUGAAACAAUUUAGUUCAGAAUAUAUUUAAUACAGCUGUGUAGGCAACGUCUUCGCGCCGCCUUAAUCCCAAAACCCAAUACGAAGUAUUUAGACAUCGGCGCGCUUACAUUAAAAGCAGCAUUUCACAAAGGCGGACAGCAGAGUGCCAGCGAGACGCUUGGAGUCGCAUUGAGUAUCGUUGAGUUCAACAAUUCAAUACGUUUCGACUGUGCUGUACGGACUUGCGGGCAUAAUACGCGCGACCAGUCGGUUCAGUCAGUGAUCUUUGUCGGUUCGUGUUAGACGUGUGCGCGGUAGCUCGAAAACUCGCGAGCUCGCAGACGAUAUAAACUAAACUAAAUAGAAAUAAAAUAUUCACAAGCAACUAAAAUAUUUGAGCACCAACCAGAACAACGAAAUCAUAUUUGUAUUUUCACUCUUUGAAUACAAAUUUGAUUUUAUAUUUCGCUGCAAUAACCGUGAAAUAGAAAAGUAACAACAACAACUAACGAAAUUUGCUUGUAUUAACCAAUUCGUCGCAGUCCGUGUGGUUAGUUAAAUAAACGCGUACAAAAAAUGUCGACAAAGAAGAAUGGUAAUGCCAUAACGGAAUUCCAAUUCCCUCAGCCGAAGGCGAAGCAGACCUGCAUGGAACUAAUCUACAAUAGCAAGGAGGGCACGUUUUUUGGACGUACACUCAUAAGUUGGGGUCAGCUGAUGCUAUUCUACAUUAUUUUCUACAUCGUACUCGCCGGUUUAUUUGCGAUCUGCAUGCAGGGUCUAUUCGCCUCUCUGAGCGACAAAGAACCGACUUGGAAAUUGGAAAGAUCAUUGAUUGGCACAAAUCCCGGUUUGGGCUUUCGUCCACUGAGCAACGAGACGGAACGCGGCUCGGUUAUACAAUUCGAUACAAAGAAGCCAGUCGAGGGCGCCUAUUGGACGGGUUUGGUUGAUCAAUUUCUCGUUGAAUACCGCAGCUCUGGCGAGAAGAAAUUCUGUAAUUUCAAUCAAACAGUUGGCGCCAAUAAGGUCUGCGUUGUCAAUGUGGAUAACUUUGGACCAUGCUCCAAAGAAACUGGUUACGGUUAUCAAAAUGGACGUCCUUGCAUUUUCUUGAAAUUGAAUAAAAUUUUCAACUGGGUGCCGGAUUUCUAUGAAAAUUUAAAGACACUGCCCACAGAAAUGCCUUCUGAUCUCAAAGAACACAUUGGCAAUUUAACUGAAAUUGAGCGCAAACAAAUCUGGGUGUCAUGCAAAGGUCUGCAUCCCAUCGAUGAGGAAAGCAUUGGUGACAUGAAGUACUAUCCCGGCCGUGGCUUCCCCACCUUCUACUAUCCAUACCUCAACCAACCUGGCUACCUUAGUCCACUGAUUGCUGUACAAUUUGAAAAACUGAAACAAAAUCAACUCGUGGACAUCGAAUGUCGCGCGUGGGCCAGGAACAUCAUCUAUAGCGGUAGUUUAAACGCACGAACCGGUUCGGUUACUUUCCAGCUGUUCGUCGAUUAAAUGUUGCGAAGCAUAUUUGCGAUAGCAACAGCAACAAUAAGAAGCUACAAAAAAUAUACUUGUAAAAAAACAACAGCGACUUGAAAAAUAAAUAAAAACUCGGAGAGAGGCGAGGAGAGAGGUGCAAAUUCGAAGGAAGAGAUUAAAGAGUUGAAAACAGUUUGAAAUGCAUUAAAACGCUUACUUGCUUAUCUUUUUAUCUAAUCCAACAAAUGUUUCUUAGAAAUGCAGAGCAAGCCAAGAAAAUAUUUUUAUAGAGUCGCCAGAGAGUUGUUGCAGCGAGCAUAAAGUAAUUAAUGGAGCGUUCAAAACCGUUAAAUAGCAAAUAUAUUUGUAAACGAAAAAUGUUGGGUAGAAAAAGAAAUGUGGUAAACAAAUGUUAUGUAUUUUUUUUAUUUUAAGUUAUUCAAGUGAGUUAAAAAUAAAAUGUGUAUAUCUAAGCAAAAUUAGAAAUAUCAGAAAAAUGCAAAAUUCAAGAAUUAGUAAAAAAAUUUUAAAUCAAAAAGCAAAAAAAAUUGUGUGAACGCAAAAAAUAAAGCAAAGCGACACUAAAAAAUAUUUUCAGCUCAAAAAUAAAAUGAAAAGAAAUGUCACAUGAGCGCUCACACCUACACCAACACACACAUACAGCAUUGUAUUGUGCAAUUCGCGGAUACAUAUUUAUAUUAUUUGUUUUAUGAAUUUUACAAGCAACAAAAAUUGUAUUAAAACUCGCAUACGUCAAUAUGAAGAAAAAGCAAAACCAGUUCUUAAAAUCCUUAGAGUUGCUUAAAAAUUAGUAAUAAUUAUCUGUAGAUAAUUUUAGUGAACUUUACACGCAGUUGCAUGCUUUGUAUAUGCACAUUUGCGAAUUCCGUACCACACGCAUACACACAAACGUAAAACACAUACACACAAAUACGAAACUCAUACACAUAUACAAAGGCAAACACCAACAGCAGUGAGAGGCUGCUGAGGAAUAAAUUAAAUUUUUAACUCUUAAUUUUGAUUUAGUCAAAAAUAAUUAUGUACUUUCUA